AUGAAAUUUGUACUGCUGGCCCUGUUCGUUGCUGUGGCUUCUGCCAACUUGAAACACGAGCACACAGGUCAGUGGCGUAUGGUUAGCCUUGCCUCCAACAAUAUAGAAAAGAUUCAAGAAAAUGGGGAACUUAGAGGCUUCUUGAGAGACAUCUCUUGCGAAGGCGUAGACUGUGACUCCGUCUCCUUGAAUUUCUGGAUGAAGAACAACGAACAGUGUGAAAAGUUCUCCUUAGUUGGAAAUAAAGCAGAAGGAUCCGAAGACUACAACACUGAUUUCUCAGGACACAAUUUCUUCAGGUUUUGCCAUCAAUCCGAGAACCUGUUGGUCAUCUGCAUCCAGAACACCGAUGUAAAUGGACUGGUCACACAUCUGGUAGAUGCUGCCGCUGCAAAACUGCACAAGGACAGCCUAGAGUAUGAAUGUGUUCGGUCUUUUAGAGUAAGGCCUGGCCACAAAUUCAAUGAAGCAGAUCGCAAAGUGUACAGACAGUUGGUAAAGCAACAAGGUAUUGACAAAGAAAACAUCGUGAAUGUCGAAUCAGCAGAUACCUGCCCUCAUUAA